GGUCAUCUUUAGACUGACGGGCUACCGCUGGCCAUUCUGGCUCCCCCCGAAGCAGUCCAGUUGUUAAAAAAGCUCUAGGUCCACCCGUCUGGAGUUGUACGCGCUUCCUUUUAUUAUUAUUAUUUUUUAUUUGAUUUGAUUUUUCCAUGUGAGGCUGCAGCAGAGAGGCACACAGCAGACAUCCUCAGGUUUGAAUUCGGACAAUCGUCGCUGGCUGGCUGCUGUUCAGAUGUUGGGAGACAAGGCUCAAGGUGUGGCUUUGAAGGUAAUGGAAUACACGUAUGACGAUGACCUGGAAGAGUUGUGUCCUGUGUGUGGAGACAAAGUGUCCGGGUACCACUACGGUCUGCUCACCUGUGAGAGCUGCAAGGGCUUCUUCAAGAGGACAGUACAGAACAACAAACGGUACACAUGUGCCGAGAACCAGGAGUGUAAAAUAGACAAGACCCAGAGGAAGAGAUGUCCCUUCUGCCGCUUCCAGAAAUGCCUCAAUGUCGGCAUGCGUCUCGAAGCGGUGCGCGCAGAUCGCAUGCGUGGGGGGAGGAAUAAAUUUGGCCCCAUGUACAAGCGAGACAGGGCCUUGAAGCAGCAGAAGAAGGCUUUGAUACGAUCCAACGGGUUCAAGCUGGAGAGCGCGGCCCCCCCGGCGGCCUCCCCCCUGCAGACUGACUACGGCUUUCCCGGCAGCCUGCACACGCUGCCGGCCAUCUCCAAGAGCCUGCUCCCCUCCACCCCGACCUCCAUCCCCCAGUCAGACUAUGAGGGCAACCUUUACGCGCCAAACUCUUUGGGCAUGGCCAUGCAGCCCCACGUCCCGCUCAACGCGCAGUACCAGUACGCGGCCUUCCCGAACCGGGCCAUCAAGGCCGAGUGCCCAGACUACACCAGCUCCCCGGAGUCUUUGGCCGGAUACCCGUACCCCGACGCGUACCCGUCGGCCUCCCCGCAGCCGCCCGGCCUCCCCCCGCUGGUCCUGGAGCUGCUGCGCUGCGACCCGGACGAGCUGGCCGUGCAGAACAAGAUCGUCGGCCACCUGCAGCAGGAGCAGAGCGGCCGCGGGAGGCUGGACAAGCCCAGCACCUUCAGCCUCAUGUGCCGCAUGGCCGACCAGACCCUGUUCUCCAUCGUGGAGUGGGCCCGGAGCUGCAUCUUCUUCAAGGAGCUCAGGGUGGGAGAUCAAAUGAAGCUCCUCCACAACUGCUGGUCUGAACUUCUGGUCCUGGAUCACAUUUUCAGACAAGUGCAGCAUGGAAAGGAAGACAGUAUUCUGCUGGUGACUGGCCAAGAGAUCGAAAUAUCGUCCAUCCUGUUACAAGCUGAGGGAAGUCUGUCCAGUCUGGUCCAGAGAGGUCAAGAGAUGGCCGCGAGGCUGCGGGCGCAGCAGGUUGACCGUCGAGAGAUCGCCUGUUUAAAGUUCCUCCUUCUGUUCAACCCCAACGUGAAGCUGCUGGAGAACCAGGCCUUUGUGGAAGGCGUCCAGGAGCAGGUGAACAGCGCCCUCCUGGAGUACACGCUGUCCACCUACCCCCAGUUCCAGGACAAGUUUAGCCAGCUGGUGGUGCGGCUGCCGGAGCUCCGCUCCCUCAGCACGCAGGCCGAGGACUACCUGUGCUACAUGCACGUGAGCGGAGAAGUGCCCUGCAACAACCUGCUGAUCGAGAUGCUGCAUGCCAAACGAGUGUGUGUGUGAGAGCCAUCACGUGUCGUACGUCUAAGUUCGUAUGUGUGUGUUUGCGUGUGUGCGUGAGUGUCAGGGAAUAACAGAAAAGACUGAAAAAUCUAAGACCCAAUUUCAAACCGCCAUGCCGUUUUUAGGGCUUUUGCUUGAGUUAGAAAGGGAGAGAAUGUUCUUUCGAGAUUGAAAUGACGCGCAAGAUCGGG